AUGGAGAACGCUCUGCUCGUGUUUGUGUCUUUUUCCUGUGUAGUUUACCCAGCAACCUGUCUUCCAGAGAAUAUGAUGGAGUGGAGUGAUGCAGUGGUGGCGCGGGAGGGCACCUUGGCCACAUUAGUCUGUAUUGAUGAGAAAGCGACAGGAGCGGUGUCUGUGAACUGGAUGGUGAAGCCACUGGGGACAAAUCGAUGGAGGCUCGUGCUCUCGGCAAACGAAAGGAAGGAAUUCUCCGGUGGAGCGUCCAAGGACUAUAUGCAGCUGACUGACCACAACUUCCAGGAAUCUGGUGUGUUUUCUCUGGGUCUACGUCCGGAGAAGGAGGAUGGGGGGCUGUACAUGUGUCUGGUCAAAAGACGCCAGACGGUUCUGAAGGAGAGAAUAAUUCUACUGGCUGUACUCCAAAUCAUAGUGGUCCCACCCUGCCCCAUCCCACAGCUGAGCACUCUGCGCCUUAUCGCAGAUGUCCAGCCCGAACUCGGCAUCAGGAAGAUCAGUUGGGCGGCGCCCGGAGACCUCUCCCUAAGGACAGAGAAGAGGCCAAAUUUCGGAACAGUAGCCAAACUUCCCCAAGUCCAGAACUAUGAUGAUGGAGCUUAUGUGUGCAUGGUCUACCCAAGAGGCAACAGUUCAAGUGCUUUCUUUGCCUUCAAUGUGGACAUAACUGUGGACGCAGAGAGAGUGGCCUCGUUCGCCAACAUCGUGCACGGUGAAGAGAUCUCCUCGGCUGCUCUAGCCCAGUCCGUCUUCCUCUUGACCUGUCCCUCCACUCCCGGAGACUACGUGCUGUUGUAUUGGAAACCCUCGGGCCUGAACCGGUCGAGCAGACUGGUGCAUCAGUACGACCGCUGGAGGAGCUUCACCAAGACCACCGAGCACAGCAACAGGCUGCAGCUGGCCGGACCCCCACAUGACGCUCAGGCCGGAAGCUUCUCCUUCCUCCUCACUCCCAAGCUCAAAGAUGGCGGACUGUACAUCUGUGACGUGUUCAGUAACGAUAACGCCUUCAGUCUGCGCACACUGCUAACCGUAGUCAAAGUAAACGUCAGGAAGUUGUCCACAGAGCUGGAGCUGGACUGCAGAUACUCAGAGCUGUCCCAAGUGCAGAGUGUCAUUUGGAGACAUGAGAAUGAGAGUGUCCGUCUGCCCAUGGACAGCAGCAGCCUGGGCUCCGUCACCACCUCUGUGCCUUUACCCGUCAGAGUGGAGACUGCAGGAAACUACACCUGUGUCUUGCAGCUGAAGAACAAGCAAACUGUGAGGGCGACGUACACAGUCUCCCUGCCCGGCAAAGGCCAUACACAAGAUGUCGUGAGCCCGUCUCUUCUCCCAUCUCUCUCCGCUUUAUUACUCUUGGUGCCCCUGGUUGCUGUGCUUCUUGGUGUGUUUCUAUGGAGACAGAGACACAUUUCGGAUCGCGGUAUUGAGCAGUCCCUGUCGGUGCGUUCGGGCGAGACAGAAAACAUCUAUGAAAAUCCUGAGGACAUGAGACAGGCUCCUCCCCAGGGUUCAGUCUACAUGGAUCUGAAGCCAAGAGGAGAGGACGCUGUCUAUAAGGAACUGGAGCGGUAA